AAACUCGCGUGUACGAGAAACUGCGAUUACUACAGGAAGAAUGUAUCGAAAACUAAUUUCAAUUCACGAUGGCACAAUUAUUUAUUUGUGUACCAUCGGACAUACUAAGUGCAUCUUUUUUUUUUAAAUGUACACAAUGUAUGAUGUAAGUGAAAAUGAUCGUAUUUGAAUUCGUAGAUAAAAAAAUUGUUUAUUUAGACACAUGACGAUACAUAAUUACGUAGUGUUCUUGUAAGAGAUAGUAUAUCGCAAAAUUUGUAGAUAUUAAAAAAUUGAGAUACAGAAUUAAGUAUCAUAACGGUUAAAUAAAUUAUUAAUAAUUAGGAUGAGGUUGUUAUAAAUAGUACAAUUUAGUGAAAAUACAACGCAGGAAACGUGCAAAAAAACACAUUUUUAAAAAGCAAGAAUGAAUAUUCAAAUAGUUAGUGAUAAGUUUUGAAAAUACAAUAUAAUAUGUAUAUUAUAUAUGCUGAGUCUUAGAAUACGUAAAGCAGUUCUACAGAUCCCUAGGGGGUCGCAAACAUGUUGAUAGGGGUCCAGAAGUUAUCAGACAAAAAAGAUAUAAAAGAAAUGCUUUCCGUAGUAUCCGUACUAACGACUCGUUAAAAAGUUAUCAGUAAUCGGUUAAAAAUAAACUGGAAACUCAAAAAUUGAAGAAGUUUUGAACAAUUUUAUAAAAAAAUGGCAAAUUUUAUUAUAGUUUGAACAUGAGAUGAAUAAUAAGAAUUCUUAAAUAUCAAUGAAUAAAAAAUAUAUUUAAUUAUGGAUUACUAUAUUAAGAAGCAGUUUUGAAAUUUACUGAAUAAAAAUAAUUGUAUUUUAUUUCAAAUAAGCAAAAAUGUUCCUUUACCAAAGAGGUCUACAAAAAGUUUGAGAAACACUGUCGUAAAGUUUGUGGAAUGCAUGACAUACUUAAAAAAAAUCACCGAUCCGUCACUACUGACAUGUCCAUUUUUCUUAAUGAAAAUGUUAUGGUGAUUCGAAUGCAAGGAAGGAAGAGGAUAAUAAUCAGUAAAUAAUGCACCUGCCGGCUAGCUGAGUUGUGAAUCGCACACGUAUCACUUUGACCCGUAAAGGCGGCGGACGAAUUCGUUCGUAGCGCCGUGCGUAACCCGUCCGUCCGCUGUCGCCUGAACGCCAUAAUUCGAGCAAUGGUAUACUAAAACAUCGAACUUCCUAAGAUUUGUGGCCUAAACAUUUGAAAGAAUUGGGUAAUCCAAGAAGAUGAAUAAUCAGGCAUUCAGUUUAGCGGAAAAGCUAAUUCCAGCGACCUACGUACAACAAGGCUUAAAUGCAAAAAAGUCACGUGAAAAUCUUAUAAGACAUUUCAUUGAACAUCAAAAAUGGCCAGAAGAGGGAUGGGAUGAAGCAACAAUAGAAGCAUUCCUUUCGGAUCUAUCGCAAAUGGAUAGUAACAAUUUUCCUUCCAACUGUAGCGUCGGAGAACGCGAGGCAAGGAUUAUAUCUAACAUUGUUGCAAGGCGACAUUUUCGAAUGGGACAUGGUAUAGGUAGAUCGAGCGAUUUAGAGGAAGUGCAACCAAAAGCUGCUGGAAGUAGUUUAAUGUAUAAAUUAACAAAUGCUCUGGUGCUUGAAGUUAUUCGAUACAUGGGAGUAAAGAGUAUAGCAGGCUGUUUUUUAUCUCCAAUGGCUACAGGCAUGAGCUUGGUAUUAUGUAUGUUAACAUUUAAACAAGACAGACCACGAGCAAAGUAUGUUCUAUGGUCUAGAAUUGAUCAAAAGUCAAGCUUUAAGUCAAUAUUUACUGCUGGUUUAGAACCAAUUGUUAUCGAAACAAAAAUAAUCGGAGAUGAAGUAAAGACAGAUAUGCAAAGACUCGAAUCUCAAAUGUCAGCUUUAGGUGAAAGUGUUGCUUGCGUGCUUACAACAACCAGUUGCUUUGCACCUAGAGCAAGUGACUCCAUUGAUUCUAUCGCAGCACUUUGUACUCAAUAUAACAUUCCCCACUUAGUAAACAAUGCAUAUGGCUUGCAGAGUACAAGAUGUAUGCACCUCAUACAAGAAGCAUCGCGAAAAGGCCGUGUCGAUGCUUUUGUUCAAAGCACAGAUAAGAAUUUCUUAGUUCCAGUGGGUGGAGCAAUUAUUGGUUCGUUUGACAAAAAUCUUUUAGAUCGCAUAUCAAAAAUGUAUCCAGGUCGUGCGAGUGCUAGCUCGAUUAUGGAUGUAAUGAUAACAUUGCUAAGUUUGGGAAUGGCUGGUUACAAGCAAUUGAUAACGCAACGUAAAGAGAUGUAUUCGUGUUUGAAAGAAGAACUUGGAAAACUAGCAGCACGGUAUGAUGAAAGAUUGCUAGACACUAAAGGAAACCCCAUAUCAAUGGGAAUGACCCUUCAAUUUUUAAAUCAUCAUAAUGGUUUCCAACAAGUUAAUAUGCUACGUUCAAUACUAUUCCUCCGCAAUGUUAGCGGUAUAAGAGUAAUAACGGCUACGGAAAGCAAACACGUUGUUUCACACAAGUUUGAAGGUUGGGGAGCACAUAAUAGUAAUUAUCCAGUACCAUAUUUAACUGCUGCUGCAGCUUUGGGUAUGAAAAGAUCAGAUGUGGAUGUAUUUAUACAACGAUUAGAUAAAGCUUUGACUAAAGUGAGGAGACGUUCAGCUCCAGUUACGCCAACAGCAUCUCUUGUUGGAUCAAGUAUUAAUGGAGACACAGGAGGUGCUGGUGGACCUGGAGAAUCUAGCACAGCUUCAACUAGCCGAGCGAGUAGUAAAGAUAGUUUGAGAAAAUGAACCGUAAUCAACGCAACUGGCCAGUCGAAUCAGUACAUUAAUUUGUAAGUAAAUUAUUACUUGCAGUUAACAUGUGUUGGAUACCUCUGAAGAGUACCUUACGUUUGUAUUUUUCACAUUAAAAUACUUUGACUGAAAAUAUAUCGAUAUGUUUCAGAUUUAGAACUUCUUUCACUUAUUGAUUUAAAAAUCUUAAUCUUUCCAAAUUAAAAAUACAAUGCAAUCCUUUUUUUAGAUAUUUACAUAAAUCUUGUUAUGUUAUUAAGUAGAAACUUGCAAUAAAAAAUAUAUUCUACAGAGGUAUGUAACAGAAUAAUGUGCUGAUUCGCCUGUCCAUUUGCGUUGUAAUAACGUCAUUUCCCACAAGACAAAGAAAGGGAGUUCCAUGCGAAUGGUAUUAAUACCAAAACAUUAAAGCUAAAUUUGAGAAAACGGAAGAACGUUAGGAUAUUCUAUACAUCCAUUUGAAGAGAUUAAUUCGUAAGCGCUGGCCGCAGAAAUAUCUGUUAUACUCGUUCUGUGCUAUAAUGUUCAUGCAAUUAUGUUUGAAACGAAGUAUAUAUUGUCAGAUUUCUGACUUUCUUUUUCAGCAUUUACUUUUACUUUAUUUAAUACCGUUGUACGGGACACGAAUAGAUCAAGUUAAAAUAAGAUUAAUUAAUUUCAAUUCUUAAAUUUUCUUUUUUAUAUUUAAAUUUAUUAUUUUGAUUUCUCAGUACGUACUGUAUUAUUUCCAUUAGUUGUAGCUGCAUCAUUGUACCAACCACGUAUUUUGGAAGACUUAUUAUUCUAUACUUUCAAUCGUCUUAUCAUAAAUUAGCAUUUUUCUUGAAUGAUUUGUUUAUGGUAAAAGUUUAAAAUGAUAAAAUUGAAACGUAUUUGCUUUCCCUUAGGAGUAAUAUAUUUAUAUCGAUGGUCAUAGUAAAAACAUAUGUUAUUACUUGUAAAGAGAGGUUUAUAGUAGAUACAGUAUUUGCUUCAUCACACUGUUAUAGAAAGUAUGUAUAAAAAUUAGAAGCACCAUACAUAACAAACAAUAUUUUCCAGGUCUGUAUAAAUCAAGUGCUUUUUUUUUAUUUAAUGUUAAGAUACAAUCUAUUAUUUUAGAAUUAUCCAUUUUUUAUUUAAAGAAUUGUGUUCGAUUUCAUACUACAUUACGCGACAUGUAAUUACAUGUAUAUUCAGUGCAUUAAUAAUAUAUAUACUCUUUUGUUACUUGACUAUAUUGUAUGAAGCAACAGAAUUAUCUGUUCGACACUUUUUAACAGACUAUGAAUACGCAAAAGAAAUAGCACAUGUUUAAAUAAGAUACUGUAUUGCUGAACACAAUCAUUUUUCAAGUGUGUGUACAAAUUUUUGUGUGUAUAUGGAAAUACACACGCAAAAACAUGUAUACACAUAACAGAAAGGAUAUAUAUUUUAAACUUUAUCUUUGAAUCGUUUAUUCGAUAUUAUUUUUGUACUGUUUCAUUGAUGUACGUUUACAAACUUUUAAUUUAUAGAUUCUCUUACGUUUCUAACUUCAAAAAUAUUAUUCAAAUAUUUGCAAAGUUAUAAUGUUUAGAUUACCUACAUUUGCGUAAAUUUUAUUGGUACAAUGUAAUAUUUAUUGGUAAAUAUUCAUAUUAGCUCAGAGAAAAGCAAUAUAAAAUACUAUAAUUAUAGAUAAAUUGAGUGCAUUGUUAUUUUCAAUAGAGAAAAAAUCAAAGAAAAAAAUAUUUGAUAUUUGAAGAAGGAAGAAUUCGUGUUGUAUGCUUAGUUUAAGUAAAUAAGUAAUAUUUGUUCGUUUGUAAUGACUCCGAGGAAUUAAUGAAAAAAAUGUUGUUUUUUUUGUUAAUGCUAAUUCAUGAGAAAUAGCGAAACGCUACAGAAUCGUCAUUCUGGGUGAAUCACAUAUGCUAUUGUAGAAUGUACUAUUAUUAUAACAUUAUUUAAAAAAGAAGAUAACAUAUAGUAAGAAUUAUAAAAAAAAAAGACAUUGUAGAAUAGUACAUGGUACCUCAUGCCAAUGACAUUCCUAUGUACAUAAAAAUAUUUUACUUUUUACAUUAUAGUUUGUUUAUGUAUAUUGGUGUAUCAUAAACAUUUCGUUACUUCGUUAUAGUAUGAUUUUACACGAAAAAAAAGGCAGGUCCGUAUAUAUUAUAACAUAUGCCUUUUUGUAUGAAACAACGAUGUUUAUGGUCCUACUUCAUUAAUGUUUUUCAAUCUUUUGUAUGUAUAUCUUGCAAUACGAAUCGUUAUAAAAACAAUCAAUGUAUAGAUUGCUGAUAGUUCAUUAUUCGAACGAUAAUGUUGAAUCAGACAUCAUUAUUUGCUUCUUCACGAAAAAUCGAAAUUAAGAAAGUGAGACUAGAGGAACAUUUUAUAUGUAAAACACGAUUAUGCCUCUGAAAUUUUUCUAGAAAACUCCAAAAAUGGAACAACAAGAAUUUUAGAAAUCUAAUCGUAUUUUUAAUAUAAGAUACACCAGCAUUCACUCUCUUAAUUUGAACAAAUUGUUACAGUUCUGAAGAACAAAACAUGCCUUUGAAUGGCUGUAAACAGUGGAUACAUUAUUGGAAAAGUAAUUUUGCUAUCGAGAAAAGAUGCUAUAUACCAAAUGAUAUAAAAUUUAUUAAGCAAGGUCUACUUGUUAUAUUCCUAAGUUUAUUGCAGUUAAUGUAUACUACCGGCUGUGAAACAUGUUUUACUGUUAUACGUUGUAAACUAAGGAAAAUAAUUAUUCACAGUCUUACACUCGGUUAUAUUUUUAAGGUAUAUGUAUAUUUCGUUGUUUAGUCAUAAUAUUCAAGGAAACCUAUACAUUGUCGACAUUGUAUAUACGCAAUUGUUUUAACAAAAUUUUUAAAAACAAAUAUAUAAGAUAUUUAAGAUAAUAGAAGUAAGUAAAGUAAAUUACGUACAUUUCAAUACAUAUACAUACGAUACAUUCGCUAAUCCAAAUAUUAUAUUCUCCUGAAUCAUAAUACAUAACAAAUUCUAUUACCUAAGCGACCAUUUUACACAUGAUGUACUUGCUUAAAAUUCAGAUGGAAAUUGUAUUCAAAAGAGGAAAAGUAACUAAUAAAAAGGACACAUGUACAAAACAUUCAAUCAUGAUAAAAUUAUAGUUAAUUUUAUCGCGCAAACAUUGAUAUUUAAUAUUUCCAUUUGUAAAUUUAAACAAUGUGCUAACUAUAGUAAUGUUAUAACUACUAAUCAAAGAUCUACAUACAUACACGAAUAUGUAAACAGUAUAAUUAUAAGCUCUUCCCCAAUUAUGAUUAUUGUGCGAUAGUAAAUGCUUUAUUUGUAUUAUAUGCAACAAUUGGAUAAAUAAAAAUUUAAAUGUUAUACAAAAUCGUUUGAUUUACCCUAUAGACAGGUGCUUAGAAGAGAAUACAUCAUAUAAAAGUAUAUUUGGAUAUAUUCUGUUCUUCAGUUUUUACAAAACAAAUAGUAAAUUUAUGCCAAAUAUAACCUAUUAAAAAUAAAUCGUACCGAACGAAUGAAAAACAAAAUUCUUGAUUUGAAUUCACAAUUUACACCAACUAUUAAAAUAUUGUUGCACCAUAAG